GUUAGUGGGUGGUCAGGAAAGGGUUAACAGGCUGUGCUGUAUAAAUCUGCUUUAAGAGUCUGCUGGAAGCUACUGGUUCAGCCUUUAAAUACAGUCACUGGAAUCUUCCUAACAGUGUUUGGAGCAGAGCGAUCAACUGCUGAGCAUUAUUCAGGCUUUGAGAGGUGCUGGUGUUUGAACAUCACACCACUAUCAGAAAGGAUGAAGAUGCUCUUCUUUGCUUUUAUGCUGCUUCUGUGCCUGCCAGCAGCCCCAGCAAGAAAGCUUAGACGGGAUUCCCAACUGAUUCGUGGAUCUGUACCUCACAGGCGGCUGACAGGACACAUUAGUUACAAUUUCAAGUCAAGGAGGAGGACCCCUCGUUCUGAUGAUGAUCCUGGUGCCAUGACGCCAACAGACAGUAAUGCAGAUGACCUUCCCACUUGUCUGUUGUGCGUUUGUCUGAUUGGCUCAGUGUAUUGUGAGGAGGUCAGUCCAGUCAUCACCUCUGUUCCUGCUCUCCCUAAGGAAUCUACCUACCUAUAUGCACGCUUCAAUAAGAUCAAAAAGAUCAACAAGAAGGACUUUGCUGACACAGUGACCUUGAAGAGAAUUGACCUCACAGGAAACUUGAUCUCAGAGAUUGAAGAAGAGGCCUUCUCCAAGCUGUCUAUGUUGGAGGAACUGUCUCUGGCUGAGAACAGACUGGUUAAACUUCCUACUCUGCCAACCAAACUGUCAACCUUCAACGCAAACCAAAACCUUCUUAAAACAAAAGGAGUAAAGGCUAACAUCUUUAAGAAACUGACUAUGUUGGCAAACUUGUUCCUGGCUGACAACCUGCUUGACGCUGUUCCCAACAUCCCAGAGAGCGUCCGCAUUCUACAUUUACAGAACAACAACAUCACUAAUGUCACCAUAGACACCUUCUGCAAGUCCGACAACAAUUACUACCUCCGACCAAGUCUCAGUGAGGUCCGUUUGGAUGGCAACCCAGUGGUGCUGUCCAAAUACCCCGACAGCUUCACCUGUAUGAAAGUACUUCCAGUUGGACGGUACCGCUGAGGAGCAGCUAAUUCUAAUGUACCUCUUUUUGUUAAUUAAGCAGUUUUUCGUACACCAGAGUCCAUUAGAUGUACCACAGUAUUCUGGACUUUAGGUUGCUCAUUACACUGUGUGAAUCAAGGUGUUAACAUCCUUCUUUAGCUAGUUUCACUGUCAGGUCAAAAAACAACUCAUUGGACUUGUGCAAUUUCUCAAUUCCUCUGUAAGUCUGUUUUAUCUAAGUUUAAGUUGCUUUUCAAAGCCUGCCACUGAGAGACAGAGUCAGUCUUAGCUAUAGCAAAAGCUUCAAAUAUUCUAUUAAACAAGUGAUAUGUGCUGUUUUUUUAUUUGCUUCAGACAUUAAUUUUAAUGUGUAUGAUGAACAGUAGCCCCAACCGAGGUACCUUCUUUGUAUAUCUUAGGUGGGAUGGGACACAAAACAACAUGCAGUCCUGUAAAAGAGUUUGUCUUUUAACCGGAUACUUUUCAUUACCCCCCCCCCUCCCCCCCAAGUAUUGAUUUAAUUAAUUAAACCUGUAUGUCAAGGCAAAGUAAUUACCUCAUAAACCUAAUCUAAUAAUAAUACCAAUGACCAGAGUCCGGUAUUUAAAAACACGGGCACUCACUCUCUCUGGUGGCUGUUGGGGAAUUGUUGCUCACUAUAUUCUGCAGAUAUCUGAAGGAUCAUUAACAUGAACAACUUGCCUAAAAUCCAACAUCUCAGUCUGACUUAAAAAGAGACUCUGUGGCUGUGGACUGGCGUAGUCGUUUUUUUUUUUAUUCAUGAACGUGCUGCCUAUCUUUAGUGUUCUGGUAAAGGAAUUAGGUUCUUCAGGGUUUUCUAGCAUGGGAACUUUAAGCAUAAUUGGUCAAGGCAAAAUGUCUAAGUCUUAAAUCAGCCCCUGACUACCAUACUAACAACAUCAUGUUUGCCAGUUACUUUAUAGACAUAAAAUGUUUUUUAUAUUUUAGAAGUUACAGAAAAUACCAUCCAAACUGCAGAAACUUUUGGCUUCACUGAUCCACCAAAUACUUGAGUGAAAGUCUUUACGCUAGUCCAAAUAUUUCAGUCAAAUGUGAGACAAGUCAGGGCUGCAUGGUCAAGCUUAGUCAAAGGAGCUGGUGCAAAGGGAAGCCCCUCCCGGUCAUGGAAUCUGCCUUUUUUUUUUUUUUUUUUUUUAAAUGAUUUCCUGAAAGAUCUGAAAUUUUCUUGCCGGAGAACCCAUUCAAAAACUAAACACAAUCUUUAAAAACUAAAACUGCUAUCACUAUGUUUGGCAGUGUCAGUUGAUCUACAAAAGGUUGCUAUGGAGAUCUGCUCGAUUUUUCAUAGAUCUUUUGCCCUGGACCCUGUUUUGUUUCUUUUUGGCCAGUCAGAGAGGUUGCCUGUGUUACCUAGAUAGAUGAGGUUGCUUCACAAACUUUUACACCUGGCUAGGAGAUGUUCAGGAGAUGUGAUACUACAAUGGAUUCAAGUGCAAACUCCAUCCAUUACACAAUGGUACAGAGAGACUUUUUCCAAUGGAACGCCUCAGUGCCUGAUUAAAUUGUAACUCCGACCUUUUCUACAAGACCUGGCAGCCUUAUCUAGAUCACCUUCCUCGAGAAAUUGUUGAUAUACUUUGUACAGGAGGCUCACUUUUUGUAUUCCAAAGUAAUUAGUAACUGCUUUAAGAAAAUAUCCCAACAUGUUAUUCUAACCUAGAUUUUGUGUGCACCUUUAACUAGUUAGAUCUGUGCUGUGCUGUGUUGGUUUGUGUUGUAUUCUUUUCUUGAAAAGUUAAUAAAGUAUAAUUACAAAAAA